CCAGAGAGUACCAGUAGUGGCAGACAACCGUCAAAUGACACUGCCGCAAUAGUGCCAAGAUCAUGAUAAUGAUACGGGUCGGUGCGCAGCCUCGUCUAAACUUUUCCGAGUCAGCGCUUAUGCCGCAUGGCCCACGUCAAGACGUUUACUUAAAUAUGACACACUCCGCCGUGCCUUGGAGAGCACAGCGAUAUUUCUCUUGCACUCGCUCGCCCACAAGAGACGGUCUGAGACGGUCCACGGUUGACUCGACGGCCGUUUAUCUUGAAGAAUCUGUCUCGCCCCUACACAAACCUGGCUGUUCGUGUGGACGACUUCCAACCUUUGGGUCACCUUCCCACUAGGCGAUUGAGUGAUUCCUGUAAAAUUUCCUGACCGGCAUAGUUCAAUGAUCCCCAAUGAAGCUGUCGGAGUGACACCUUACGUUCCCCAGUUCUUCUGGCGGUUCUGGCUGUCUGAUGCUAACCCAUCGAAACACACCCUCGACGAUCACCGCGUUCAUGCGUAUGACGUCUUCAACAACGAGCUCACUGAAACGCGUCGUGUUCCCGAGCAAGUUCAGACGAUCUUUCAUAACUUUGAUAUCCCAUCUUUGGGUGAAGGUUGCCGGUCUGUCUUGCAUACCGCGGAGAAGGCCUUCACCCGUCUGGAAAAUGAAGUGGAGCGGAUCCUCAGUGAAAUGAUAUCAAAGAUCCGCUCUUCACACUCUGGGGAAUCACGACCGGACACGAGGCUCGAGCUGCCGAUUUCGAGACAUUCUCGAGAUGCAUUGCUCCGGUACUUUGUAUUCUUACGGUAUCGAAACAGUGACAAGUACACGGAGACGGUUGCCAGCUUGACGACACGUGUCAUUACUGGCAGUGGUGCGGUCGUUAACGCUGGACAUGCAUGGCAUCGGGUCCGUAGACGUGCUACGUUGGGAAGUUUCCAUGCCUUUCUGCAGAGCGAGAACACCGACAAGAAGGUGUUCCGUCACUUUGAGGGUCUUGACUGUUGGAGGUUCUGCGAUGCCGAGAUCUGUAUAGGUCUGGCGUCCGAAGGUCAGCAGUUUGUGCUCCCUGACUCAUGCUUUGCCAGCCUCGACGAGGAGUUUGCUGGUGAUCCCUCAUCAGCUCAUCUACUAUUCCCGAUUAUGCCUACUAUCGCUCUCUACGUGCUCGGCACCCAACGCGAGGAGCCUCGGUCGCAUGGUUCAAGCGUACGGGACCAAGUGAUGGGAGCUGCCGCUGCUUGGAUUGACGUUGGCAUCGAGUCACCGGCCGAUGUGCACCUUCGUAACGCAUCUCUUCUUCAGCAACACCCAGCCCGGUUAUACUUCUCUUCCCUCACUUCUGUCACCCAAGCUAUCGCGCAUUACGACAGCUUCCGUUGGGUGUCUGAGCACUUGGACUACUCGCGACUGAAACAACGUGCUAGGCAAAAGGCAACGCUAGAGCAGUUAACGAAGACUCUGGUCGUGAAAGGCAGCGUGUUACUUGUCGACCUCACAGACGAGGUUGAAAAAGUAGGCAACGCACCUGUAUCUGGCGGUUCCUUCGCCGACGUUUGGAAAGGAAUCUGGACGAAUUCCCACAAUGGGACACAACCAGUCGCGCUCAAAUACCUUCGCCAGUACAUGCACAUGACAGACGAAAUAAAGGAAAAGCUGAUGCUGCGGCUUAAAUCAGAGGUCGUUGCCUGGCACCGCCUGCGUCACUCAAAUAUCGCACAGCUCUAUGGCGUUGCUCAGUCUCCUAACUCCAUAGCCAUGGUUUCCCCUUGGUGCGACAAUGGUACAUUGACGCGUUAUCUGGAAACAAAUCCCGAAGCAGAUCGAUUUGCAUUGAUCCAGCAAAUAGCUUCGGCAGUCAGCUAUUUGCACAACUGCCAGCCAGUCGUUAUCCACCGCGACCUCAAAGGCUCCAAUAUACUUAUCGGGGACGAUGGUCAAGCUCUCUUGACAGACUUUGGUUUGUCAAACGUUAUGGAAGAGGUCCUUGAAUCCGAGCCCAGCAUGCGGAACAGUCGUUUUGCAACAUCGCUCUUCGCUGGUUCAACUCGUUGGAUGGCACCUGAACUCAUUGAAGCGCUCACCAAUGAUGAUGAUGCUCAACCGCCUCCAAUCUCCACUAGCAGCGAUGUAUACGCUUUUGCAUGCGUUUGUCUCGAGGUCGCAACCGGUUCUCUUCCUUUCUCACAUAGGAGCAACGAUACUGCAGUCAUCUUCGACAUCAUGAGGGGCGUGAAGCCCUCCCGCGGAUGCGCUCCCAUGAACCUGCGGCUUCCGGAGAAGGAGGUGGACCACUUCCGGAAACUCCUUGAUAGGUGUUGGAGCCCAGCACCGUUCUUGCGACCCACCAUGACCCAAAUCAAACAAGAGCUAGCAGGCUAUCUCGGGUUGUUGCAUGUAGACCAUUACGCCGAAUCAUAACGACAUGCAUGAUACAAUAUGACUUAAUUAUUUGCAUACAUUAUAUAUCAGCACAUGUACAACAUACCACACGUAUUAUUCACAGCUGGAAGUUCAGAAUAACAACGCAACAUAUCACUCACCCUUGUACCACUAUUGUACACUAUACAAUCCCGAUGUUUUUCUUGUC